GCCAUAAGUAAGGGCAAAACAAAAGGCAAGCGACCUCAGCUGCCGCUACUGAGCAUGCCCACGCAAAUUAAACCUACUCAUCAGCGGUAGCAAGGUAUGGGUUUCUUACCAGUGUGGAAUUCUUGUGCUACACCAGACUGGUUGUUGAUACGUUGCCUAGCAACCGAGUCCCUAGAAGCUGUUGGUGUUAGAAACAGGCAAAUAUUUCCCCUUCCCUCCUGCUCCUCCUCCUCCUCAUCCUGAAUCCACACAGAAGACUGCGCAGGGGCUAAGCUGGGGGGUUAAGGGAGAACUGAUGCAGGGGGGCAGAAUUUAGGAGGAGGGCUUUUUUCCCCGUUCUCCUCCAGCUGUUUUAUUUGUCAGUGUUUAUUUCAAAUCCCUCCUCCAACAGCCACCUGAGGAGAUGGUGGCAGAAAAAGAGGGCUUAAGCCCCCACAAAGACAGACCCCCACAACUGCAGGAGCCACUGCGGCAAGCAAAAAGAACUAAGAAGCAGCUCAGCGAUGGAUUCACCAUCAAAGCCAUGAUGAAAAAUACUGUGGUGAAAGGUCCCCCAGCUGCAGGAGCAUUUAAAGAAAGACCAACAAAGCCCACAGCCUUUCGCAAGUUUUAUGAACGAGGUGACUUCCCAAUCGCCCUUGAGCAUGAUACAAGAGGAAACAAAAUAGCCUGGAAGGUAGAGAUAGAGAAGCUGGACUAUCAUCACUACUUGCCACUAUUUUUCGAUGGUCUAUGUGAAAUGCAAUUUCCGUAUGAGUUUUUUGCUCGGCAAGGCAUCCAUGACAUGCUGGAACAUGGGGGGAACAAGAUCCUCCCUGUCAUUCCUCAACUCAUUAUCCCAAUAAAAAAUGCGCUGAACCUUCGCAACCGACAGGUCAUCUGCAUCACUCUCAAAGUUCUCCAGCACCUGGUUGUGUCAGCUGACAUGGUGGGGGAAGCCUUAGUGCCCUAUUAUCGUCAGAUUCUCCCCAUUUUAAACAUCUUUAAGAAUAUGAAUGUUAACUCAGGAGAUGGCAUUGACUACAGCCAGCAGAAGCGUGAAAAUAUUGGAGACUUGAUUCAAGAGACAUUGGAAGCCUUUGAGCGCUACGGUGGGGAAGAUGCUUACAUAAACAUUAAAUAUAUGGUCCCAACUUACCAAUCAUGCUUGUUAAACUAGCAACAUGAAGAGUGAUGCCAUUUACACGCUUGCCUAAUGUUUUGUUUCUCAUUCUUUCUCGGCAUCUACUAAAACAGCAGCUUCUGGACCCUUAAACUGUUUAGUACUAUUGUGAACCAGUCAUUCCAAUACAUAAAUAGUGCCUGUUUCUUGGA